AUGGAUCAGAUUCAAACUGAAGACCGAGAUCGAGUAAUUGAAGGCAGACCAGCAGAAAGAGAAACAUUAUCUGACGGCAGAGACACGGGCGUUGGCUGAUGCAUUGGUCCAGAACCAGGCAGCAUUGACAGAGUGCCAGGCCACAUGGACGGAGUUCCAGGCCGCAUUGCCGGAGAGUCAGAAUGACGCGUUGAAGAGGACGAGGGAUGAGAUGGAGUCACAAUCCAUGCCAGCCAGGCACACCUGUGAGCUCUGGAACUCCACCUCUCCUAGAGGCAAAAGCAACAACCGUGGCGGGUUCGUCAGGUCGUCGGUUCACCCUGACAUUUCCAUUCCUCUUCUGACACCAGAGCUUGACAAACUGCUCACCAAGCACAGCAAGGGCCGUCCGGACUGUUAUGCUGUUCUGCUAUUCCAAGGAUGCGUAACCGAAGAGAGAUACCAUGAGUGGACACAGAAUACCAACUGGGAUGGAUCCCAUGGAAAAUGUGGCUUACCAGUGAACCUCAGUGUUCAUCAUGAAUACUGUGUCUCAGAGGUUUCUAUCCAUGAGUGA